CACGGAGCUGUCCCAAUUUUGGAUGUCCAAUGAGCCCAAGAGUGUGACCAGCACGGAGGACUGCGCGCAGCUGAACGUGUACUACCAGGUGAAUCCAUGGAAAUGGAUUUUUGAGCUCUACGCCAAAGACUGCAGCGAAAACGCGUCUUUUCUUUGUAUGGAGAAAGGUAUUGUAUUUCUCAUUUAUCAUUUUACUUUGGUAACAUUGUUGAAUUGUCACAACAUAUAUUUCUAUUACCAGUUUAUUUCAAUAUUAUUAGGAAAACCAUUGUAUGCGACCUAUAAACCAAAUCAUCCACUAUAUGUGUUGUCAUUUGACAGUUUGUUAAAAAUAGAAAGAAAAAAAAAACCGAUAGAGCACCAAGACAUCACAAGUGGAUGAAACUGUUCUAUAUUAUAAGAACACCAACGUGUCGCUAGCAUAAAUAGACUUGUAAACGCAUGCACAUGAUAAACAUUUGUGGAAACACGACAAUCAGAAUCACUUGACGUGUUUCUGAUCACAUAAAAGUUACUCAUUUUAAUUAGAAUGUUAAACAUCGUAUGGCUCCUAACGUUGUAUGGCUCUAAACGUUUUGUGUCUCUUAAAGUUGCAUGGCUCUUAACAUUGUAUGGCUCCUAACGUUGAAUGGCUCUUGACAUUGUAUGGAUCCUAGCGUUGUAUGGCUCUUAACGAUGUCUGGCUCCUAACGUUGUAUGGCUCAUAACGUUAUUUUACAGAAACACUACUAGUAUAUUUACAAAAAAAUAGUGGUUGAAGGGGUUUGAAUGAGAUAACCUAAUUCCAUGACAGGACAGAAGUAAUGUACGUUUCAGCAACGUCGCAGCUGAAUGGACUCAAUACUUAUUUUCACCUUUUUGGCAUGUCUAAUUACAACUCCAGAACCGACCACAACUCCAAGACCGACCACAACUCCAAGACCGACCACAACUCCAGGACCGACCACAACUCCAGGACUGACAACAACUCAAGAACUGACCACAACCCCAGCACUGACCACCACUCCAAGACUAACCACAACUCCAGGUCCGGUGGCUUCUUCAACCGCAACAAAUGGCCCUGCUACAACCAACACCGGAGCCUCAACAGCCGUCACAAGUGCUGCAACGACUACCCACCACACCACCGACGCGAUCCUCGCUUCCACUUCAACUGUCAAUCUCUCGAUGAUGACUUGUGGUGCGAAUUUCAUCAACUUCAAUUUUCUACUGUUUUUGAGUCUGUCCGCGUUCAUUAAUCUAUUGGUUUGAAUUUACGUGGCUUGUUUGUGAUCUCUUCACU